GCGGCCUUUGAGCAUCAGCCAAAUUCAGGACCUACCAUUGUCUCCUCGCUUUCCUCCUUGCACAAGUACAGACUCGGUGAAACGACUUCAAAAUGAGGUUCUCUGCUCUUGCCACCGUCGCCCUCAGCGCUGAGGUUGCCAUCGCCGCCCGUUGGACCGAGAAGCGUCGUGAGCGGCACGCGGCCCGCGCGGCAUCCAGGCAGACCAACCCGCUUCUUCCUGCUACGGAGCUCGAUGGUCUUCAGGUCGAGGCAUUCACCAACGAGACUGCUCAUGCCGAGUACUCGUCCAACUGGGCGGGCGCCGUUCUCAUUGGCACUGGCUACAAGUCGGUCACGGGCACAUUUGUCGUGCCGACUCCUUCCAAGCCCUCGGGUGGUAGCUCCAAUACUGAGUACGCCGCUUCCGCGUGGGUGGGCAUUGACGGAGACACUGCAACAAAUUCGAUUUUGCAGACUGGAGUGGACUUCUAUAUUAAGGGGUCAACAAUCAGCUUUGACGCAUGGUAUGAGUGGUACCCCGAUUAUGCCUAUACCUUCAGCGGUAUCAGCAUCUCGGCUGGUGAUACCAUCACUGUGACCGUCACAGCUACCUCGACCACGGCCGGAACUGCAGUUGUGAAGAACGUGUCAAAGGGUACUUCCGUGACCCACACGUUCACCGGCCAAACCCGAGCCCUGCAGGAGCUCAACGCGGAAUGGAUUGUCGAGGACUUCAGCUCCGGCGGCUCUCUUGUCCCAUUUGCCAACUUCGGCACUGUGACCUUCACUGGAGCCUCUGCCAGCGGGUCUUCCGGCACGGUUUCCCCCUCUGGGGCCACCCUCAUUGACAUAAAGCAGAACAGCAAGGUCCUGACCAGCUCGUCUGUCUCUGGAUCUUCUGUCACAGUGAAGUACACUGGUUAGGACUGGCCUGGGGAUGGGCUAUAUGUGCGAAACGACGG